AUGAUCGACGCAAAUUUCCCCGUUGCCUUGACAUAUUCUGGCACACCUGGCUGCACUUUGCAUACUCCUGGUCUUUCCCAAGGUAUAGAUAGUCUAGGUGAUGGUACAGGUACACCAGCGACAAUCGACCACUGUCCUCAUUGGGCAAAGGAAAAUCCAAAAAGACUCAUUUUCGGGCUCAAUAUCACUCUUCCCAAGAGUCUAGGCCAUCACGGCGCAGUUUCGGCGAUGGGAAACCGAGAAACCGAGAAACCGAGUAAUGUUGGCGAUCCUGGUAGAAGUCAAAGCAACUAUAAUGCGACAUUAGUAAUUGUUCUCCUAGAACGGGGGGCGCCUUCCGUUGACAAUUAUCGAGCUUAA